AUGCUAGUGGCGGCUAUGGUGCUCUUAGUCGCCGCGAUCCGCACUGCAACAGCGUUUGCAGCUGUGGAUCAGCGGCUAGGAGGAAAGCCUCUUGUUGCUUACUACGGAGGCAGUGGGGAGAACUCCUACGUGAAAGGAGUGGCAACUCUGGCAUACGUGGAGGAGAUUGUGCCAGAUGAAGAGGGGGGGAUUCAAACGGUCCGCCUCCUUGGGGUGGCCAGGGCGAAGAUCCCGAGGGACGAGGUUCCCGAUUCCUCGUACAUGCACACUCUCGAGUUCCUUCGAAAUGUUGCCGAUGACAGUGCAGUGGAGCACAACAGGAGGAGGAAGCUGAUGUCGACGAUCUCGUCCUUGACCCUGGACCUCCAGCUCUGUGAUAUCGACGGGACGUGCGACACGGAGGCGUUGCUGGAGCUCGGCCCCGAGGUUUACGCGCUUGCAAUGGAGCUAGCUGCGACCACCCUCAAGGAUGUGCCGAAAGCCCCGAAGAGGACGAGCGGGACCGCAGGCGGCCAUGCAGUUCAGUCGCUGGAGAGCAUGACGCUGAACAUGGUGAACCGUCUGAAGCCUUGGGAUGCUCUCUGGCCGCAGUGGGGAGACGAUAUCGAUGGGGAGAUGAAGCUCUUGCGCUGCUUCUCCUUCGUCACCUGGCAAGCGCUGGAGAAGAUGUCGACUAGGGAGGAGCUGGAGUGGGUCAUGACCAGCACAGACAUCAAGGAACGGAUGACGAGGGCAAAUGCGAAGCUUUACGCUGACCGGAAGAGUUUAGAGAACACGUGGCAGAUUAUGCAGAGAUUGAAGCAAGGAAUCAGCCCGAAAGGUGGAGAUCUGUUGAGCGACUAG